AUGGGAUCGCGAGAAUACCAAUACACUAACCAUCCCCACAGCACUGGCAAACUAUCGUUGUCUAUGAGAGAUCAGGAGGGCAAGGAUGUCAGCAAGAUAGAUUCCCCUCGAUCCCACAGCAGCAGACGUUUCGGCGACACUUCGUCCCACGGCAAAUCUAAUCCCUUCAACGCCCUUUCCCCCUCCGCUACAAAAACCCCGUCAGCGAGCGCAUCUUCAGCUUUCGGACUGGGUAGCGGGGCGUUUGCUUCCUUUGGUUCAGCAAAGACUCCAAAGACCCCUGGCGCCGGGUCAGCCUUUGAUUUCUCGUCACGUGAGAAACCCGAGAAGAAAGAAAGGGACCCAGAUACACCCGGAGAGACCUCAGAAGCAGAACCGUUACAAGAAUCUCCAGGGUCACCUAAAACAUCCUCGGAGCAUCCUCUACGAAACACUUGGAAUCUCUUCUACCGCCCUCCUGCCAAUAAGUUCUCCGACUACGAGAAGUCUACACUGAAGCUAGCAUCCAUCAGCUCAGUGGAAAAUUUCUGGACAAUAUACUCUCACCUCAAGCGGCCGUCUCUGCUACCUACUGUCUCCGACUACCAUAUCUUCAAGGACGGCAUUCGUCCGGUCUGGGAGGACGAGGCUAACAAGAAAGGCGGCAAGUGGAUCGUGAGAUUAAAGAAAGGCGUGGCAGACCGAUACUGGGAGGAUCUACUACUGGCAAUCAUCGGGGACCAAUUCAUGGAGGCAGGAGAGGAGGUUUGUGGUGCAGUUCUCAGUGUCAGAAGCGGCGAGGACGUUCUGAGUGUAUGGACCAAGAUUGAUGGUGGUCGGAACAUCAAAAUUAGGGAGACCAUUAAACGAAUACUGGCAUUCCCUCCGGACACUAACAUUGUGUGGAAAAGCCACGACGACAGCAUUGCGCAACGAUCAGCUCUGGAUGAAGCCAGACAGCAGAAGGUCAGUGGCGCUCCAGGUCAUCCUGGAGCAGAGAGGCGACGUCCAACCAUACACGAAGACUCUGAAAAGACUAAAGGCAAAGGGAUAUCAUGA